UCGGUGUCGGUAUCGGUAUCGGAUCUGCGGAAUCGGCCGGUUCACUCGAUCCCCGACUCCGUUUUCUCCCAAAACUUCAGAAAUCACAAGGAGGCAAGGAGCUCUCUAUCCACUGGAUGGGGAUGUUUAUCAGUUAAUGGCGAAGAUGCUGGUUUGCGCGCCACACCAGCAGCAGCUGCUCUUCCCCUCCUUCCAAGACUCCGUCUGCGUCCGUCGUCGCCGGAAUUGCAGCACCACCAAAACCACUCCACUCUACUUCUUCGUCCCCAAAUCCAGCCCGCACCGCAAGCUCUUCCUCGUGCAUUCCUCCCCACUCCUCAAUCAAACUGCCUGGGUUUCCGACGACGAUAACAACAGAGGAAGCAACCAACAGAUUCUCCGAGAACACAACGCCAGAACCAAAGCUCUCCUUCUUCGCCACUUAUCUGAUGAACAAUCAACCACGAGAGACGACGUAGAAAAAGCACAGGCUAGACCAGAACCAACACAAGAAGAAGAAGAUGAAAUGAUGGAGGAAGAGAAAGUAAAGCUGUUGGAGAUGUCCCUAGGCAAAAGGCGAUCCCCUCAAUUUGCUGGUUCUAUCUAUUUGCAGUCGCGUGUAGGGCCUGAGGGACGAAACUCUCCUCCCCCUCUGCAACGUCUUUUCCGAGGAGGAGCUACCGACAUCGAUGACGAUAAGAUGUUACUGCGGGCACUUGAAAUCCGACGGAAGGUCACCGCCGAGAUUUUCAAGGAGGCAAUGCGUGCUGGUAGGCUUCGCAUUACUUUCUCCACCAAUUUGGUAUCUAGAUUGCCCGACUUCAUCGACUACAUUAUGAUCCAAGCUGCUUCCUUGAAGGGCUUACCCGAAUUCUCCAACUCCACCUUCCACAUUCGCGCCAAGACCGUCAUACAAAACUCCAGUGUCAUCCCUCUCAUCAGGUGUCUGAAGCACAAUUCAUUGACAUAUUCCCAAAUUGGAAAGCUCGUUUGUAUGUCUUGUGAAAAUCUCGAGUUGAUAAGGCAAAAGAUUGAGUGGUUGAAGACUAUUCACGUGAAGAGCGAAUUUCUUGGUGCCACGUUUGCAAAGGCAGGAGGAAAUAUAUUGCAACGUAGCACCCAAGAGUUGGAUGAGAUUGUUUGUUAUUUAGAGAGCAAUGGAGUUAGGAGAGAAUGGAUGGGGUCUGUCGUUAGCCGUUGUCCUCCACUGUUGGGUUACACCAUGGAUGAAGUGAAAUCGCGCGUGAAUUUCUACUUGGACAUGGGCAUGGAUGAGAAGGAUUUUGGCACCAUGGUCUUUGAUUUUCCCAAGGCACUCGGCUUCUUCACUCUGGAAGAUAUGAACUCUAAGGUUCAGUACCUUAGGGAGUUUGGCUUUAGUAAUGAAGAUAUUGGGCGGUUGUUGGCAUUCAAACCACAUUUGAUGGGUUGCAGCAUUGAGGAAAGAUGGAAGCCUCUUGUAAAAUACUUGUAUUACCUUGGGGUUCGGCGAGAUGGUAUGAGGCGAAUUCUUACAUUGAAACCAUUGGUUUUCUGUGUUGAUUUGGAGACAACAAUUGCACCAAAGGUGCGAUUUUUUCUGGACAUAGGCGUCCGCAAAGAAGCGAUUGGCAGUAUGCUAGUCAAGUUCCCUCCUUUAUUAACAUAUAGCCUCUACAAGAAAAUCCGCCCAGUGGUUAUUUUCUUGAUUGCAAAAGCUGGAGUGACCAAGGGAGAAAUUGGGAAAGUGAUAGCUUUGGGACCAGAACUCUUGGGAUGCAGUGUCGUUAAUAAGCUUGAGAUUAAUGUGAAGUACUUUCUUUCACUCGGUAUUCCUCUCCAUUUGCUUGGUGAGAUGAUUGCCAAUUUUCCAGUGUUGCUAAGGUACAAUUUGGAUGUCCUCAGACCCAAAUACAGUUAUUUGAGGAGAACCAUGGUCAGGCCGUUGCAGGAUCUCAUUGAAUUCCCAAGGUUUUUCAGUUACUCCCUUGAUGGUAGAAUAAUUCCAAGGCAUAAGGUUUUGGUUGAGAACCGAAUAAAUUUCAAACUGCGUUACAUGUUAGCAAGCUCUGAUGAAGAGUUUAAUGAGAGAGUUGUAGCUGCAGUGGAGAGGCGUCGAAAGUUUGAAUGUGGUUUGAUAAAUGAAUCCACUCCAGAUUUUCAUGCAACCAAUAGUUCCGUAGAGAAGCAGGUUAUAAAGGAAGGAAUGCCUAACGCUGGGGGUUGAUGCAUUGUUCACUUCUCUCAAGAUGAUACUAUGAAGGUGCCUACUGGUUCAGCUGGUAAACCCUUAGGCUUGCCAUAGCCGAGACCUGGGAUCAAUUCUUCACCUCGUCAUGUGCUGAAGUGCACCACCUUUGUGUAAUAUCCAUCACCCCCCCCCCCUUACUACUUUUUGUACCUUUAGGUGCUGGCAGAAUUAAGGUGAUGCAUACAAAUAGGAAUUUCACCCAGGGAAAAACUGAAAAAAAAAAGCAAGUGAGCUUCUCAAGAACGUGCUCCAUCCGGUAUGGGAACAGUUGAUUGUUCAGUAACUGAGCAUUCUGAAGCUCAACGUCUGUAAAUCCUAUGCAAUUCUCAACUAAAAUAAGUUUGAUUUUAAACUAA